AAUGCCGCCCGCGCGACUCCAUCUUCUCCUCCACUCCACAAUGCAGCCCGCGCCGCUGCUCUCCUCGACAAGUCCGUCGACGCUGCUCAAAAGUCUUCACCGGGAGAACGCCGAUCGCUCAAGGCCUCGCCGAAACGAACCUCCACCACCCCCGAUAGGCAACCCAGGGUCGCCAAGGCGUCGGAGCUGCAGGCGCAGCUGAACGUCGUGCAGGAGGACCUCAAGAACGCGAGGGACCACCUAGCCUCCAUCGACAGGGACAGAGCCAAGGUCCAUACCGACCUAGCGCUCACCAAGAAGCUGGCCGACGAGGCCUACCAGAAGCUCGAGGAGUCCCUCGAUGCGCAGCGGAGAGCCGAAGAGGCGCUGGAGCUUGAGAGGUUCAAGUCCGUCGAGCGGGAGCAAGCGAGCAUCGAGCUUGCCCGGAGGAAGGAGGAAGAGUGGCAGCGGAAGCACGCCGACGUAACAAAACGACAUGCCCAAGAUGCCGCUUCCCAUGCUAAGGUGGCCAAAGAACUCGAGAAUGCCAAGGGUGAACUGGCCGUGACCGCGCAGGCCAAGAAAUCGGCCAUUAGCCGUGCCGAUGAGGCUGAGAAGAUCGCAGAGGCCAAUACAAGGAAGACAGAGAUCCUGAUGGCUGAGGUGACACAGCUCAAGUCUGAGAUGGAGAGCAAAGAAAAAGGAGCUGAAGAGAUCGCCGACAACCUGCGGUCAGAAGCCUUGGAGCUACGAGCUGAGCUCCAAAGAUCAAUGGCGACUGCCGAAGUGAAUGCAAAGAAAGGGGAUACCCUGAUGGCUGAGGUGGCCCAGCUCAAGUCCGAGAUGGAGAGCAGAGAAAAGGGAGCUGAAGAGAUCGUCGACAAGCUGCGGUCCGAAGAGUUGGAGCUACGAGCUGAGCUCCAGAGAUCAAUGGCGACUGCCGAGGCCAAUGCAAGAAAGACGGAUAUCCUGAUGGCUGAGGUGAGCGGGAUCAAGUCUGAGAUGGAGAGCAGAGAGAAAGGAGCUCAAGAGAUCAUCGACAAGCUGCGGUCUGAAGCGUCUGAGCUACAAGCUGAGCUCCAAAGAGCAAUGGCGUUUCAGGAGAAGCUUGCCAGAUCAGAGGAAGUGGUAGAGGGGAUCAAGGUCGACAUUGCAUACGCCAAGAGGGCAGAGAUGGAUGCGGACCAGUUGGCGCAACGGUGGAAGACGAAGGCCACGGCGCUGGAGGAACGCCUAGCAGCGAUAACCUCACUGAACAAAUCCAACGAGGAGGCACUGGUGUCCCUGACAAAGAGCUUCGAGGACGUGCAAUCGCAGCUCCUCCAGCUGACAGAGAAGGCAGCGGCAUCAGAAGGCGAAGUGAGGGAGUACAAGGAAGGAUUCCUCAAGACAAACAGGCGCCUUGACAUCGCAAAGAAGGAGGUGUCUGAUCUGCAGGCCACCAUUGACAUUCUGAGGUCUGAACACGAGCUGCUGAAUGAGACACAUCGGCAGGCCAUCAGCGACGAGAAGGCGGCAAGCUCGCAGGUUGGUAUGCUCGGUGGAGAGAAGUUGAGGCUCCAGCAGGAGUUUGAUCAGACCAGGGAGGAGAGGGAUAAGGCCAAGAAGGCCGUCGAAGAUUUAGCAGCUACUCUACGCCAGGUGUCAUCAGAGGCAAGAGAAGCCAAGGAGAGGGUCCUGGCGAAACAGACUGAGCUGGAUCAUGCACAGCUUCAAAUAUCCGAGCUGAAGACAGCCACACAGAAUACAGAAGACAAGUACCAGUUGAUGCUUCAUGAAUCCAACUCCCUGAACAAAACAGUUGAGAGGCUGCAAUCAGAGGCCAAGAAUGCAGAAGAGAAGUACAAGUUGAUGCUUGUUGAAUCCAACUGCCUCAAGAAAACAAUCGAGAGUUUGGGUUCAGAAGCCAAGAUUUUACAGGAUGAUCGGGUGUCGAAGGAGUCCGGGUUUGCGGACAUGCUUAGGAGAUCAGAAGAGGGAGCAAGCUCUGUUAGAUCAGAGAUGAGCAAGCUCAUGGAGUCGCUUGGAGCUGCAGAGAAGGAAGUGCAGAAGCUCAAGGCAGAGAGAACCCAGCUGGUUGAUCAACUGGAAGAAGGAUUUGCCCGUAGCACUAUGGAUGAUGCAAGCUCGAGUGCAGAACAAUCGAUGUCAGUUGAGAUCUCACACCUCAGGGAUCUGCUGUCAACCAAGGAGAAGGAGGUGCUUGCUUUGGAUCAUCAUGUCACUGAGCUACGGCUGAGAGAGACAGCCGCCCUGGCAAAAGCAGAAGAGCUCUCAAAAUUGCUGGCUGAGGCAACUACGAGGAAAACCUCAGAGGAUGACGCGGCGAGGAGUGCCGAGACGUCGAAGGCACUGCGUAUCAAGACGGAGAUGGACACGGUGCUCGAAUCACUGAAAGCCACAGAGCGCGAAGCAAAAGAUGCCAAGGAUGACAUGGCACAGCUGCAGAGCAAGCUUAGGUUGGUCGAGUCCAAGAUCACCGAGGCAAACCUGACGGCAGAGGAAGAGAAGAUCACCAGCCUGAGGUUGAGGGAGACGCUGGCCGAGAAGGAGGAGGAGCUCCUGAGCAUUGCACGGGAGAACGAUGGCCUGCGGACAAGGGAAGCUGCUACACGAGCCAAGGCUGAUGAGCUGGCUGCAAUGCUCGUAGAAGCCACCGCCAUCAAAGGAGGAGAUCAGUCAGCUGGUCGGAGCCCAGAGAAGCAGCCAAAUGUGUUCCGGAAAAUGAUGUGCUCGCCAAUGGACAACGUCGUGCGAGGCGAUCAUGAAACUCGCAGGAACAGCGAUAGGAUCGUCCAGGUGCUUGAGGAAAUCAAGCAUGUCGAAGUGGAAACGGUCAAGCAGGUGAGACAUGAGAGAGAGGUGUCAGUGGAGAUUAACUCCUUGGAGAACAGCAAGAUCAUAGAAGAUGACAUUUCCAACGGGGUGAUGAGCAACGGCAUCGACACCGAAUCGAGCGACGAUGACGGCGAAAUCGAAUCGCAGGGAGAAGAGGGAGCUGCAGAUCAAACAGGUGGCCUUCUGAUGCAUGGACCGACAUCCUCUUUCAAGCAGGAGCAGCACAGCCAUAAGAAGAAGAAGGCAUUGCUGAGAAAAUUCGGGAGCAUGCUGAAGAAGAAAGCUCACUUCACCAAGUUGAACAAUCAUUCCUAG